AUGACAUUCUCCGCUGUGAAUUCAUAUCCUUGGCGUCGUGCCUGCACAUUCACCGAUAACAUCGGAUGUGAUAACACAGGUCAUGGAAACAUUGGUAAUUCUAAUGCUGGUGAUAAUAAUAUCGGCAAUGAAAACGGCCUAGGAAGUACAGGUACAAAUGAUGGCAACAACAAUAUUGGUAACGCAAAUGGAAAAGAUAGCGGUGGCGAAAAUAAUGGAAAUUCUAACAUUGGUAAUAAUAAUGGCGCGAAUUCUGGAAAUAACGACUGUAUUUAUAAUUACAACACUGGCAGCAACAACGGAAACAGCAAUAUCGGCAAUAGUAACGGAGAAGGAACCGGUAAUGGAAACCAUCUUACUCUAGAUUCUGGCUCCAAUGACGGCAACGGGAAUAUUGGCAGUGGAAAUGGCCAAAACAGUGGCAAUAACAAUUCUUUCAUGCUUAACGACGGCACCGGUGUAGGCGAUAAUAAUAUUGGAAACCAAAAUGGUCAAAAUACUGGAAAUAAUAACUACCUCGUGGGACAUAGCGGUGAAGGAGUUGGCUCCAAUAAUAUCGGAUCCAAUAUCGGAUCAAACGUCGGCAACAAUAACAUAGGCUAG